AGUAUGUCUUCACCAAGUGAGCUGAUCAUCUUUGUCAAUGGCAAGAAGGUUGUAGAGAAGAAUGCAGAUCCAGAGGAGAUGCUGCUCGGCUUUCUGAGGAGAAAAGUUGGUCUGACUGGUACUAAGUACGGCUGUGGAGGUGGAGGAUGUGGAGCCUGCACUGUCAUGGUGUCCAGAUACGACUGUAACCAGGAAAGAGUCGUACACUAUACUGUCACCGCCUGUCUGCAGCCAAUCGUCACCCUGCACGGCGCUGCUGUGGUGACGGUCGAAGGCGUCGGCAGCACCAAGACCAAACUCCACCCUGUUCAGGAGCGAAUAGCGAAGGCUCACGGCUCCCAGUGUGGCUUCUGCACUCCGGGGAUGGUGAUGUCCAUGUACACUCUGCUGAGGAACAAACCUCAGCCCGGCAUGGACGACAUCAGGGAGGCCCUUGGAGGGAAUCUUUGCCGCUGCACAGGCUACAGGCCGAUAAUUGAUGGAUUUAAGACUUUUUGUGGAAGUGAGAGAUCUGGCUGCUGCCAAAAUGGAGGAGGAGCAGGGAAAUGCUGUAUGGAAAACAGAGCGAACAGCGGGGAAAGUGAUAUCUCUCAGGAACUUUUCCCAAUGGAUGAUUUUUUACCUCUGGACCCUUCUCAGGAUCUUAUCUUCCCUCCAGAGCUGAUGAUUAUGGAGAAGAAACUGAGUGGAGGUGCUCUUUACUUCCAAGGACAGAGGGUGAAUUUGGUCGCUCCGUCUGAGCUGUCGUACCUCCUGGAGCUGAAAGCCGAACACCCUUCAGCUCCUCUGGUCGUCGGCAACACAACCUUCGGGCCGAAGAUGCUUCUAAAAGGAGUCCAUCAUCCUCUGGUGGUCUACGCUGGGAGGAUUUCUGAGCUGAGAGCUGUGAGCUGGGGGAGCAGCGGUCUGACAGUGGGAGCUGCCUGCAGCCUCAGCACGCUGAAGGAGGAGGUGGGGAGGGCCGUGGUGGAGAUGGAGGAGGAGAGGACCAGAGGAUACCGGGCGAUGCUGCAGACGCUUCAGUGUCUGGCGGGGAAACAGAUACGCAACAUGGCGACUAUUGGUGGGAAUCUCCUCAGUGCCAAUCCCAAGUACGACCUCAGCAGCGUUCUUGCUGCUCUGGACUGCACUCUGCACGUCAUCUCCAAAGAUGGGACGAGGAGCGUCCCCCUGAACGAUAAACUCUUCACUGGCUUUGGAAAAACAGCGCUCAGGCCUGAUGAAGUCCUGCUGUCCAUCCACAUCCCCUUCUCCAAACCUUGGGAGUUUGUGGCGGCGUAUCGACAGGCCCAGAGAAGAGAGUUUGCCUUCUCCUUUGUGAACGCUGGGAUGAAGGUGGCCAUUAGGGCGGGAACAGACAUCGUGGAGUCGCUCAGCAUCUACUAUGGUGGAGUUGGAUCGACUCUGGUCAAACCUGGACAGACGUGCAAGCAGCUUGUCGGACAGUCGUGGGGGGAAGAUCUUCUCUCUGAAGCCUGUCGCUUCCUGAAGGAAGAUGUGGACGUUUCUCCAUCGAUCCACGGGGGGAGGGCAGAGUAUCGCAAGAGCCUCGCCAUCAGCUUCUUCUUCAAGUUUUACAUGCAGGUCGUCCUGGAGAUGACAGAGAGGGGUGUUUCAGAUGUUGAUCUUCCCCUGGAGUAUCUCAGCGCACUCAAGCCCUUCAAGAACGAGAUGCCCCGGGGGCAACAGUCCUACCAGCUCGUCUCAGAGGCCCAGCCCUCCGCUGACCCCGUGGGCCGUCCCAGCAUGCAUCAGUCUGCUUUCCAGCAAGCCACAGGUGAAGCCAAGUACUAUGACGACCUGCCACCCGUCAAGGGAGAGCUCUUCAUCGUCAUGGUGACAAGCAGCAGAGCCCACGCCAAAAUCAUGAACGUCGACCCAUCUGAGGCCCUGGAAAUGCCCGGUGUGGUCACGUUUGUCUCUGCUGGAGACGUUCCCGGGUCGAACCGCAGACUCUGGUUCAACAACCCAGAGGAGCUGUUCGCUGAGGAGGAGGUGCUUUGUGUGGGUCAGAUCAUUGGUGCCCUGGUGGCAGAGAGCAGGGAGGAGGCCAGGAGAGCAGCUCAGAGGGUCCGGGUCACUUACCAGGACCUGCAGCCCGUCUUCUUCACCAUAGAGGACGCCAUAAAGCACAAGUCUUACUUUGAACCCAAGAGGAAGGUGGAGAGAGGGGAUGUGGACGAAGCUUUAAAGAGAGCUGAACAUGUUCUGGAGGAUGAGCUCUACAUGGGCGGUCAGGAGCAUUUCUACAUGGAGACUCAGGGAGUGAUCGCUGUUCCCGCAGGAGAAAAUGAAGAGAUGGAGUUGUUUGUGUGCACUCAGCACGCUGCCCUCACUCAGGAGCUGGUCGGCGCGGCACUGGGCAUCGACUCCAACAAGAUCACCUGUCACGUGAAGAGGCUGGGCGGAGGGUUCGGAGGAAAGGUCAUGAAGAUCGCCUCCCUCUCUGCCAUCACUGCAGUCGCAGCACGCAAGACUGGGAGAGCUGUACGCUGCUGUCUGGACCGAGGUGAAGACAUGCUGAUCACCAGUGGCAGACACCCGUUCCUCGGGAAGUACAAGGUUGGAUACAACAGCGACGGCACAAUCGUAGCAGCAGACGUUAUUUACUACAGCAACGGAGGAUGCACACUGGACGAGUCGGCGUUCAUCAUGGACAAAGCUGUGCUCCACAUGGACAACGGAUACAAGAUCCCCAACCUGCGAGGUCAGGGUGUGGUGUGUAAGACCUACCUGCCGUCCUACACGGCCUUCCGCGGCUUCGGCGGUCCUCAGGGACUCACGGUGAUCGAGAGCGUCCUGCAUGAGGUGGCUGUUCGCUGUGGCCUGCCUCCUGAAAAGGUCAGAGAGAUAAACAUGUACAGGGAGCAGCAGUGCUACACCCACUACAAGCAGCCCUUCUGCCCCACCGACAUGGUUCGCUGCUGGGACGAGUGUCUGGAGAGAGCCGACUACCAGGACCGACUCCGAGCCAUCCGACUCUUCAACUCCUCCAACCGCUGGAAGAAGAGAGGCAUCGCUGCCGUGCCGCAGAAAUUUGGUGUCGGCUUCUCCAAAGGUUUCUAUAACCAGGGUGCAGCUCUGGUGAACAUCUUCAAAGACGGCUCAGUGCUGGUGACACACGGAGGGACGGAGAUGGGUCAGGGCAUCAACACCAAGGCCACGCAGAUAGCGAGCCGUGUCCUCAGGGUCCCCAUGUCCUCCAUCUUCAUCAAAGAGACGUGUACAGGAAACGUCCCCAACGCGGCACCGUCGGCCGCUUCCUUUGGCACCGACGCUGUGGGCAUGGCUGUCAAGGAUGCUUGUGAGAAGCUGAUGAGGCGCCUGCAACCACUGAUGGAGAAGAAUCCCACAGACACAUGGAAGCAAUGGGUCAACAAGGCUUUCUUCCAGAAGAUCAGCUUAUCUGCAACUGGAUUCUUUACGGGACCACCCACCGAUGUGGACUGGGAGAAGGGUGAAGGUCAAGCGUACUAUUACUUCACAUUUGGCGCCUGCUGCUCUGAGGUGGAGAUCGACUGUCUCACUGGGGAUCACAAGAACAUCCGCACAGACAUCGUGAUGGAUGUUGGGAAAAGCAUCAAUCCUGCUUUGGACAUUGGACAGGUGGAGGGAGGCUUCGUUCAGGGCGUCGGCCUGUACACCAUCGAGGAGCUGCAGUUCUCCUCAGACGGGGUCCUGAUGACCAGGGGACCGUCUCAGUACAAGGUCCCAGCGCUCUGUGACGUCCCGGCCGAGCUCAACGUUCAUCUGCUCGCCAACGCCGGAAAUCCACGAGCCAUCUACCUGUCCAAGGGCAUAGGUGAGCCUCCAGUCUUCUUCGGCUCCACUAUUUUCUUUGCCAUCAAAGCGGCCAUCACAGCGGCACGCAAGGAGAGAGGACUGGGUGACACUUUCCCUCUGAGCUCCCCCGCCACAGCUGAGAAGAUCCGCAUGGCCUGUCAGGACCGGUUCACGGAAAUGGCGUCAUCUCCGAUGGACGGGACCGCGACUCCGUGGUGCGUCCGCGUGUGA